AGUAUUACAAAUAAUUUCUAAUCAAAUAAUGAAAAUGCAAACGUUAAAUAUUAUGUCAUAUAUUAAAUAUAAUCAUUAACUAUUUAAAAAUAAAUAUUGUGUACAUAAUUUUAUACUGUGGGGUUUUUUAACAAUAAUUCUUUAAAAACCUUUUCAGUUAUCAAUAAUUUUGUUGACGUCAAUGUCAGUUCUCAGCUGUUCGCGUAAGAAGUCGAAAUUGAUUUAAGAUGAGGGGUGUAUAAAAACAGUCAAACAAUAAUAGAUGUUAAGAAAUACAAAAAUACCCACUGAAGGGAUAUUUUAGCAUCCUUAAUCAACAUCUAAAACUUAGUUAAAAUGGCUAUGCAUAAAGGUUUUCGUGUUUACGAAAAAUCUACUCCACCAAGUCCUCAUAGUAUUCUUCUUGAACGAAAAGGAAAAGAAAACACUUUAUUAUUUGAGUCACAGGCCGUGGCAGUUUUAUCGGCCCAAGAAACUGAAGCUGUAAAAAAGCAAUAUACAAAAAUUCUAGAUGCUUAUGGUUGCUUAGGUGUUUUACAGCUUAAUGCAAGUGAUACUACAGUAUUAUAUUUAGUUAUGAUUACAGGCUCCUUUUCUGUAGGCAAAAUAGGAGACUCUGAAAUAUUUCGUAUUACUCAGACUCAGUUUGUACCACUACAUUAUUCUCAAAAUGAAGAUCGAAUUUCAGAAGUAAGAAAAUUACUUAAUUCUGGUACUUUUUAUUUCACUUGGUAUUCUGGUCCCCCAAGUGGUUCUGCACUUGAUUUGACAUUAUGUGCUCAAAGAAGAAGUAAAACAAGUACUACAGAUCAUAGAUUCUUUUGGAACCGGAUGCUACAUGUACAUUUUGUUAGAUUUGGUGUAGAUUGUAAUAAUUGGCUAGUGAAAUCAAUGUGUGGUUCGGUGGAGAUGAGGACAGUAUAUGUUGGUUCCAGGAUAGCACUUGCUGCAAUUAUAUCUAGGUUGAGCUGUGAGCGAGCUGGAACAAGAUUUAAUGUUCGAGGUACAAAUGAUGAAGGACACGUAGCUAAUUUUGUGGAGACUGAACAAGUGAUAUUUUUGGAUAAUGAAAUUACUUCUUACUUGCAAACUAGAGGCUCAGUACCACUGUUUUGGGAACAACCAGGAGUACAAGUUGGUUCUCAUAAAGUGAGAAUAUCUAGAGGAUACGAAGCAUCAAAAGCAGCUUUCAAUAGGCAUAUGACAACUAUUAAAGAGCGUUAUGGUAAACAAAUUAUAGUAAAUUUAUUAGGAACAAGUCUUAUAGGAAAUAAAGAAGGUGAAGCUAAUCUAAGUCAAGAGUUUCAGAAACACCAUAAAGAGUCAGUUCACAGUGAUGUACCUCAUAUAGUAUUUGAUUAUCAUCAAGAAUGUAGAAGUGGAAAUCAAGCAAAUUUGCAGAAACUCAAAAAUAAAUUAGAACAACAACUUCAGGAUUUUGGAUUUUAUCAAGCAAAUGGAACCACCGUUUUUAGUUUACAAAAAGGCACUAUUCGUACAAAUUGCUUAGAUUGUUUGGAUAGGACAAAUUGUGUUCAGACAUUUUUUGGACUUGAGAUUUUAUCAAGACAACUAGUUUGUAUGCAAUUAACUGAGAAAAAGACUAGAUUUGAAGAAGUUUUCAAACAAAUGUGGAUAAACAAUGGUAAUGAAAUAAGUAAAAUUUAUGCUGGAACAGGGGCGAUACAAGGUGGAUCAAAAUUGAUGGAUGGUGCAAGAUCAGCAGCUAGGACAAUUCAGAAUAAUCUGUUGGAUAAUUCCAAACAAGAAGCUAUUGAUAUAUUAUUAGUUGGAUCUACAUUAUCAUCUGAAUUAGCCGAUAGAGCUAGAAAUUUGUUACCGUAUAAUACACUACAUGCUCCUAAUCAUGUGCUUCGAGAAAUGUGUAGGCGUUAUACUGAGUAUACAGAGGUUCUUCCAAUCCGGGUAGCAGCAGGAACUUACAAUGUUAAUGGAGGCAAACAUUUCCGUAGUGUAGUUUUUAAAGACAUAAAACUAUCAGAUUGGCUCUUGGACCCACAUAUAAAGUGUCAAGGAAGUCUAGUGGAUACAGGAUUCAUAGAUGCACACAAAUCUAUACCAGUAGAUAUUUAUGCUAUAGGUUUUGAGGAAAUAGUAGACUUGAGUGCUGCUAAUAUAGUUAAUUCAAGCACUGAAAAUGCAAAAGCUUGGGCUAUAGAGUUACAGAAAGUGCUAUCUAGAGAUAGACCAUAUGUUUUGUUAACUUAUCAGCAGUUAGUUGGUGUAUGUUUAUACGUUUAUGUACGACCUGAACAUGUACCAUAUAUCAGGGAUGUUGCAGUGGAUUCUGUAAAAACUGGACUUGGUGGUCACACCGGAAAUAAAGGGGCAGCUGCAAUAAGAUUUGUCUUUUAUGCUACCUCUAUGUCAUUUGUAUGUGCCCAUUUCGCAGCUGGACAAUCUCAGGUGAAUGAAAGAAAUGCAGAUUAUAACGAAAUAACAAGAAAAAUCACAUUUCCAAUGAGUCGAUCUCUUAACAGUCACGAAUAUCUAUUCUGGUGUGGAGAUUUCAAUUAUAGGGUCGAUAUGGAUAAAGAUGAAAUAAAAGAGCUCAUAAAACAAGGAGAUUUUGAUUCUAUUCUGAUUAAUGAUCAGUUAAAAAAGCAGCAAGAGGAGGGUAAUGUAUUUAAAAAUUUCAUUGAAGGUAACAUCACCUUUCCACCAACAUACAAAUAUGAUUUGUUCAGUGAUGAUUAUGAUACUAGUGAAAAAUGUAGAGCUCCUGCUUGGACAGAUAGAGUCCUCUGGAAAAGAAGGAACCUCACCCCUGACAUCAAUGGAGUAGCACAAGAAUCACCUGGUAAUUUGGUUUAUUAUGGUAGAGCUGAGCUUAAGCAAAGCGAUCACAGACCUGUCAUUGCUAUUGUCGACAUAGAAGUUAGAAAUGUUAACGAACAAAAACGGCAAAAGGUAUUUUACGAAGUUAUUGCUGAUAUGGGCCCGCCUGAUUCAACAAUUAUUGUGCAUUGUGAAGAUGCACCUCAAAAUGAUGACUUCAUUAUAUUUGACGAUAGCAUGGUUACAAUACUUUUAGAAGAGUUUUCACAAUUUGGGGAAACUAUUUUAGUUAGAUUUGUAGCAGAUACCAUGUGGAUAACAUUUAGAGAUGGACAGUUGGUUUUAGAAGCAUUGAAGAAAACUAAUGGGAAGAUAACGAUUAAUGGUUUCAAUUUUACGUUGUCAUUGAAAACACCUAACUGGGUUGACCAAGCAAAGGAAGAAAUCGGAUUAUGUUCAAAUAAUACUAUUCCUUUAUACAUUUCUCCAAGCCAGUCAGAUUAUAAUUGUUUAGGCAUUCCAGAAGUUAAUAAAAUUCCUCGUUCGGUUCCACCAGGAAGACCUCCUCCACCGACAGUAAAAUCUACACCUCCAUCCUCAAGAAGAGUACCACCUAAAGCUGGUGUUAUACAUAUGCCCAUGAAACCUCAAACUUCAGUGACUUCUCCAACACAUACUUCUCCAAUAUCUGCUCAGCCAUCACUCCCAAACGCUCCAACGUUAGGAGGAGUCCCACCACUCUCUGCUCCUCCUCAAAUGCCCCCUCCUGAUUUGCCAAACCAACUGUCACAAGAAGAAGGCGUAUAUGAAGAAAUCAGUGAUGACAUAAUAAGUACUCCUGAACCGUCAGCACCUCCUCCACCCCCUCCAAGACAAGAAGCUGCUACCGUUCUACCACCUACUCCUUCUAGAGGACCGCCACCUGUACCAGCCCGUUCUGCCCCUCCACCACCACUCCCUGCAAGGCCACGACAAUAGAUCCAGCUAACUGAAUUUAAUUUUCAUUGGAGUACUUGAGAAAAAAUUAUGGGAUAUAGUUAUUUUCUCAUUACUAACUAGGGACUGUUUUUUGAUAUUUUAUGUUAUAAUUUUCUCUACAAUUUUUUUUAUAGAAAAAUUUUUAAACAAAAUGAAACCAAAGAUUUUAUUAGGAAAUAUAAAUUGAAUGCUACAAGUUGAUGUUAAUUGUUGGUCAAAAAAUUAUGGUAGAUAUAUACUAAGUUCAGAAUUCUCAAUGAAUUGAAGUUAAACCAAUUGCAAUAUUUUUCAGUUAUAUAAAAUGUAGUGCAAUAUUUGGUAGAUUGUUAUAUAGAAUUCAAAACCGCCAAAAUUAGCUUGGAUAUAAUUGGUUUGACCUCCUUUUCACUAACGAUUUUCAAAAUAUUUUAAUUUAAAACGCUGCCUGAGAAUACUGUACUUAACCUCAAUGCAUUUUCCCAUAUUAGUUUAUUUAGUAGAAUUUUCCAGAAUUACUGAUUUUGACGAAAAUAUAACAAACAACUAUAGUGGAAACAACAAAGUCUGCUCAAGAAACAAUAUAUUUUAUACAAUUAAAAAAGGUAUUGUUGCAGCUCUUCAUUAAAAUUUUACAACAGUUGAUGGUUUACUGUUGAAACUUCAAAAUAGUGAAAAGAGUUCACACAGAGCACUUCUUAUAAGAAAAUCCUGAAAUAUACACAACACGGUUUGUGAAUUUUUCGUUCCACAUUUUCCCUUGUAUAUCUUGUUGGAAUUAAAUGAUUAAUGGAAGAGGAAUGCUACAAUUUUGAAAAUUUCGUAGAGGGUUUCCACAUGUGCAUAAUUUCCAUUGACUUUAAAGUAAAGGAAGGAGCAAUAAUAAAAGUUUGGUGGACCAGGAUGGUUGUUGCAUAUGAUAGCCGGCAAUAUCCGUUUUACCAUAGGGGUGAAAAAUUAUUUUAUAAUGAAUAAAAAAUAAGAA